AUGCCUGCCCUUGUCAAUCUAGUGUUGCAGGGUGUGGCCAGAGGAACUUUUGAUUCAGCUGCCAAGCCUACAAACCAGAGUCUAUUUUUGGAUUUUCUUAUAUUGGGAUUGACAGAUAAACCCAACCUUAAAGUUUUCCUGUUUAUAGCCCUUCUUCAUAUGUAUAUGCUGACUCUGAUGGGAAAUGCAGCCAUUAUUUUGAUUGUACAGCUGGACCAGAAUCUGAAAAAACCAAUGUACUUCUUCUUAGAAAACUUAGCAGUCUUGGAUAUCUGCUAUACAUCAACAACCAUGCCUAAAAUGCUAGAGAUGCUCCUAGUUGACCGUAAAGCGCUAUCGUUUUUAGCUUGUGCAUUCCAAAUGUAUUUCUUUGUGGCCUUUGUGGGCACUGAGUGUGUCCUGCUUGGCAUGAUGUCUUAUGACCGUUUCCUAGCUGUAUGUCAUCCCCUCCGUUAUUCCACUUUCAUGAGUAAGAAGGUUUGCACUGCUUUGGCUGUCCUGUCAUGGUUCUGUGGCUUUACUAAUUCUGUUGUUCAUACUGUCUUCACUUUUCGUCUACGCUUUUGUUGUUCCAAUAGAAUUAGUUAUUAUUUCUGUGAUAUACCUCCACUUCUUGUCUUAUCUUGUGAUGACACGUCUGUCAAUGAAACCUUGUUACUCACCAUCGGUGUUUUCAUAGGAUGGACACCUUUUCUCUGCAUUAUUGUAUCAUACAUGUAUAUUAUUGUAACUAUACUGAAAAUCAAGAGCCCUCGUGGAAGACAGAAGUCAUUCUCAACUUGUAUUUCUCAUCUAGCAGUGGUGGUAUUGUAUUAUGGUAGUGCAAUUUUUAGUUAUGUGAGACCAGUUUCCACCUAUUCAAUGGAUAAGGACAAAGUGAUCUCAGUGUUAUACAGUAUUGUCACUCCAAUGUUGAACCCAGUAAUAUACACUUUAAAGAAUCAGGAUUUCAAGAAAGCAAUUAGUAGACAAAUGCAAUUAAGACGAAAAUAA